AUUGCCUCUUCUCUCUCUCUCUCUCUCUCUCUCUCUCUCUCUCUUCUUUUUUGCUUCCUUUUCUGAUUGUGCCCCAACCCAGUUGAUGAAUUUGAGUCUACAUAUAAAAUCGAUCUUCAAUGUUCUAGGGUUACUUCUGUGUAACUGAAGCUUAAUUUGGUAAUUAAUGCUAGUCCUUUGAUACCCAUUUGUGGAAUUCUUGAAAAAGCUAGUGGGUUCUGUAUUUCUAGCACCAUCAAUGUCUCUGUGUAGCAUUUAUUACUGUUUCUGUGGACACCAUUUUUCAGAUUAAUCUUUAUUUGGCUUCUAUCUCUUUACACUUAACCUUGCAUUAGUUACAUUUUAUUAUCUUUAUUUUUUUGCACUCGGUUCGGUUUGAUGCUAGUGGAUUAGUAAGUUAGGUUAGUUCUUUGAUGUUUCUCUAUAAACUGCGAACCUUCAUGCAUUGGUUACAUUUCAUGGUUCAAUGGUUGUACAAUUGUGGUUUAAUAUUGUGAGCUUGCCUCCUCCUUUGGGAGCUUGUUGAGCUGUUAACUAAUGCCAUUGUUUUCUUCUUUGCCUCCCUUAUGUUCUGAAAGGUUCACUUUCCUGUCUCUAUGAAGCUUUUUAACUUUUUAUUUUUUAAUUACUCGAUAUUCGAUUAAUUUUAUCUUUAGGUUUUGCUAAGCAGGAGUUAACUAGCUGGAUUUGGAUAUGCCAGUAACAUUGGAUUCUUUUUUGAUUCUUUAACCUCCUCUUGCCUCUAUAAAGCUGCCAAGGUUACUUUGUUCCUUGCUUAGCCCUACAGAAAAUUCUUUACCAGCUAACUUUGUCAAAACCCUCUUCAAUUUGAUAACUAUAUUUUUCCAUCCUUCAAAGUUCAAACUAUUGAUUACACUUGUAUGUCCGGGUUAUAAUUACUGUUGUUGGAAUUGUCAACUAGGCAAAGCUCCACUGAUUAUUUUUUUUUGCGGUUCAAAUUCAUUGGAAAAUGGAGACCAGUGGUAAUGGGGAAUCAGGGCCUGAAAAUAGAGGUGGGGGCCUUUUGGAUUGUUCAUCUUUGGGAAACUUCAAGCCUCUGACAUCGGACAAGGUUCUUGGAAUGACAGUUGGCUCGGAACCACUGUACAAGCAUUGGAAUGCACCGAAUUCAUCGUUCAGUGGUGGUUGGACUCCACAGAAUGCGGAAAUUGUGAAUUCUCUCAUGUCUUCCCAUAAUCAGAUUGAUAGCUUCUCUUACACUGAUAGUUUACUACAAAGUCGAGGAACAGAUAGCACCUCUCGCCUUGUUCAGUUUCAAUCGGAUCAGUGCCUAGCAGAACUAGAGCCUAACCUUCCGUGCUUUGGCGGUGGAAGCUUCGCGGAGAUUGAUAAUUUCUCUAUCCUGAGUAGGUGCCGCUGGAUUUCUAAUUCUAGUUGUUCUGUUGAUAGCAUUAACAAGAGCAAUAUAGCAUUAAUGUCACAAAGUGAAGCUGAUAAUUAUGCACAAUCUCCAGAGGAUUGCAAAGUUUUAGAAGAAGGAGCUAUGAAACCUUCACCUGAUGGAAAGAAAAGAAAAAGAGAUUAUGACGAUUGGUCUCAAUUUGCACGGUUAGAGAACAUGAAAACAGAGCAAGAGAAGGACCAAUGCAACAGACAGCAAGAUGAGGCGAAACCGAAACCCAAGCAAAAGGCAGUUGCUAAUACAUGCGCUCAGGUAGUGGGUAAAGAAGUUAAAGAUAGUUCCACUAGUGGGGAUGCUCCAAAAGAAGACUAUGUUCAUGUCAGGGCAAAACGAGGCCAAGCAACAAACAGCCACAGCCUUGCAGAGAGAGUGAGAAGAGAGAAAAUUAGAGAACGAAUGAAGUUUCUUCAAGACCUUGUUCCAGGAUGCAGUAAGAUUACAGGGAAGGCAGUAAUGCUUGAUGAGAUUAUCAACUAUGUUCUAUCAUUGCAACAGCAAGUUGAGUUUCUGUCUAUGAAACUUGCCACUGUUUAUCCUGAAACAAAUGCUGAGCAUGAACAGAUUCUCUCAAGAGAUAUCCAUCAUUCACAAGGCAGCAGUGCAGCUAUUCUAGGUGAACUGGGAAUGAGCUCUUAUCGAAAAGAAAUCCUGCAAGGAGCUUUGCUAGCUACCAAGACAUCAAACCUUGAAUCGCUAACCAUGUCGAAUCUACUCACAGGUGCCAAACAUAUGGGAAAAUGAGCUUCACAAUAUCAGCCAGAUAGACUUCAUUUCUGACUUGGCACCUGAGAAUCUGGAAUCUAAUGGUAGAUUUCAAAAUCUGAUUUUUCUUUACAUUUUUCAGUGAAGUUAGCUGAUAAUUUUUGAAAACUUUGUUGUCUUGUGCAGGUUGAAUUGAAGCCAUAUAUUUCAUCGUGAAUUAGAGGCUAAUUAUUUAUAACAACGAAUGCUUUCAUUUAUCCUUCUGUCAAUUGCAUUCUUAAUAUAUGUGGUUCAUUCAUAGUCUUUAUUGAAAAAAGAAAAGAACAUAUAGAUCAAAAGCUGCUAACUUGGUUCCUCGAAUUUUAGCAGAAGGUGCUUUGGUCAAUGCAGAUGGUGUGUCCAGUGAAACAAUAUUGUAUUUGUGGUGAGACCUAACAGGAGAAGAAUGAUGAUUGUUUACUUGGGAAUUUUUUUGAAGUGCAAGGUUGUAUUAGAGGCUUUCAUGGGAGGUCAUUUUACUUGCAAUGCCGGGCUCCAAACCAAUUGCAGAAUUUUCUUUAUUUGAGUGUAGAAUGUUUUGCAUAAUUUUAGCUGAAAACACAAUUUUCUGGGACUUGGCAAGUUUUACAUUGAAUGAUCUACUAGUACGUUUCAUAUCA